AUGAUCUCUCAGCGGGCCACCCAAUCGGAAAGGCCAGACCUUGAUACUGGUAAGAUCAAAGAAUGGCGCUCUAUAGUGACACUGAUUGUCUUUGUUUUGACAAACAUCAAUGUUCUGUUUCCUUUCCACGUUCCCAUCUAUCUCCCACGGAUAAUAUGGACCCCGUUCCUCAAGAUUGUGAGUGCGUUGCGCAUCAUACCGCCACCACAACAUCCGACUAGAGUCAGGAAUGGCAAGCCUGGAUCUUUCGUACGAUUCGACUUUCCAAUGAACUUCAUUACAGCUCCGCUGAUAGCAGAUCUCUUUUUGCUCGCUAUCCUUGCUAUUGGUGCGACGGAAGUAAAAGGCGGCACUCUUGGCGAUCAGGGUAUCGUGCCGUACGAUAUCAUGCUCUUCUUUCUCUCUCUUGCUUACAUUGCCAUCUCGGUCGACGCCUCCGGUCUCAUCAGAUGGCUGGCUUUCAAAGUGCUGCAGAAGGGAGGGAAAGUCGGUCACCGACUUUUCUUCUACCUGUAUACCUUCUUCUUCCUUCUCACAGCUUUCAUUGGAAACGACCCGAUUAUCCUAUCUGGUACUGCCUUCCUGUCCUAUAUGACGCGCGUAUCAAGCAACAUCAAGCACCCAAGAGCUUGGAUCUUCACGCAGUUCUCUUGUGCAAAUAUCGCAUCGGCAAUACUGGUGUCUUCCAACCCUACCAACCUUGUCCUGGCUGGCGCAUUUGAAAUCACGUUCAUCAAGUACACAGCAAACAUCAUCGUUCCGGUUCUUGUUACAGGAGUCGUGUUGUAUCCUUUCUUGCUAUACAUCAUCUUCCAUGAUGAGUCUCUUAUUCCUGCAUCCAUCAAGAUGGAGGAUCUUCCCGAUGAGCUCAAGAACAAGAAGCCAGUCAAUCCCAACAUUCCUUUCGCCAAAAGCGGGCCAGAAGAGAGCGAUGGUGAUCCAAACAGUAGUGACGACGAACAAGAGAAGAAGAUGUCCCUCGAGGAAGUCCUGAAUCCUUUCUUGGAUAAGAAAGGCGCGAUUUUUGGCGCAGUGAUCAUGGCAGCUACCCUUGUUACCGUCUUAGCGAUCAACGCUGCCUCUCAAGGCACGCACGAACGCCCCGUGUUCUGGGUCACGCUACCCGCCGCAUUCGUCAUGCUCAUUUUCGAUCUCACAAUGGGGUGGCUUAGUAGGGCAGAGACGCGGAAGAUCGCUCACGAGGGUCGACGAAGAGCAGAGACCGCACUCGCAGAAAGGGAGAUAAGGAGGAAGUCCAUCACACAGGAAGAAGCGGAUGCAAUCACUCCUGAAUCGGAUCAGCAAACGAACCAGGACUCUGAUGAAAAGUCUCAUACCUUGGCUGAGGCCUCCAGUCACAUUUUGAAUGGGAGAACACACGAAAUGAUAAAGCUUGAACCCGUUUCACAGGAAGAAAAGAAGUUGGAGCCAAGCAAGAAGCCAAUACCAACUACUCUAGCGUCGCUCGUCGCAGACACAUAUCGAUGGGCACAGGAGACGUUCCCGACAACCAUGACCGUUUUUCACCAUCUUCCCUUGGCGCUGGUUCCUUUCGCAUUCUGUAUGUUUGUACUGGUCCAGGCUCUGGUCACCAAGGGCUGGGUUCCAGUUUUCGCACACGGAUGGGAUCACUGGGUUGAGAAGACCGGCACAGUUGGUGCAGUCGGUGGUAUGGGCUUCGUCUCAGUCAUAUUGUGCAAUUUCGCUGGUACUAACAUUGGCACCACAAUUCUCAUUUCUAGGGUAAUCCAGGCAUGGCAAGAGAUUCACCGUCUGAAUGGCAAUCCAAUCUCCGACCGAACCUUUUGGGGCACAAUAUACAGCAUGGCAAUUGGCGUCAAUUACGGUGCCUUCAGUCUGGCCUUCAGUGCAUCGCUAGCAGGUAUGCUUUGGCGCGACAUCCUGGGCAGAAAACACAUCCAUGUCGGCGGUUUGGAAUUUGCACGCGUCAACCUGCCUAUCAUUGCGAUCACCAUGCUCGUCGGUCUGGUUGUCCUCGUUGGCGAGAUCUACAUCAUGAGGACAGACGCCCCUUACGAUGCCCAAUGA